CCCGUUCUCUUCGCAAUAGUAUUCACGGAACGCUAAAACCAGAGUGCAGCUACAACGAAGCUUAAACCCCCAACACGGACACUGAAACGAAAAAUGUGCGGAGACGCAACAAACUGGGAUGAGGACGCGUAUAGAGAGAGCAUACUGAAGGAGCGAGAGAUCCAAACCCUAACCGUCUUUAGAACUGCUUGGGCUCCCUCUUCAGACGUCAGCCUCAAUACCGUCGUGGUCGCCUCCAGCGACGGAUCAAUUGCUUCUUACUCUAUAUCCUCUUGCAUCUCCAAUCUGCCAUUGGGUUUUAGCAAUGCCAAAGCUCAACAGAUUGAACCCACUGCGUUCCUUCAAGGGCACGAUGGACCAGCAUACGAUCUCAAAUUUUAUGGGAAUGGUGAAGAUGCUUUGUUAUUGAGCUGUGGUGAUGAUGGUCGGAUUCGAGGAUGGAGGUGGAAGGAAUUUUCACAAUUAGAGGCGCCUAUUUCCCUAAAAGGUAAUCAUAUACAGCCAGUUGUUGACUUGGUGAAUCCCCAGCACAAAGGUCCUUGGGGCGCUCUUUCUCCUAUCCCUGAAAACAAUGCCAUUGCGGUGGAUACUCAGGGAGGAUGCAUUUUCUCAGCUGCUGGUGAUUCUUGUGCUUACUGUUGGGAUGUGGAGACUUCUAAGAUCCGAAUGGUUUUUAAGGGACAUUUUGACUACCUGCAUUGCAUUGUUCCCCGUAAUUCUACCAAUCAGAUCAUAACUGGUUCAGAAGAUGGGACUGCACGAAUUUGGGAUUGCAAAAGUGGAAAGUGUAUCCAAGUAAUUGGUUCAGCAAAGGAUAAGAAGUUGAAGAGAUCCUUGUGUGUUAGCUGCAUUGCUCUAGAUUCAAGUGAAAGUUGGUUGGCUUGUAGCAAUGGCCAGAGUUUAUCAGUUUGGAAUCUACCAGCUUCUGAAUGUGUUUCAAGGUCUUCUUGUCCUGCAUCUAUACAGGAUGUUAUAUUUGAUGACAACCAAAUCUUAGCUGUUGGGGCAGAGCCUUUACUCAGUCGUUUUGACAUAAAUGGCACAAUUCUUUCACAAAUUCCAUGUGCUCCUCAGUCAGCAUUUUCGGUCUCCAUACACCCGUCAGGAGUGACUGCUGUUGGAGGUUAUGGAGGUCUUGUUGAUAUCAUCUCUCAGUUUGGAAGUCACUAUUGCACAUUUCGUUGCAAAUGUGUGUACUCUCUCCUCGCAAAUCAUCAUCACCAUCAUAGACGACCACAAGUUAUGGCGGGACUAGCACCAGAAGGAUCGCAAUUUGAUGCCAAACAGUAUGAUUCCAAAAUGAAUGAAUUGCUUGCAACUGAUGGAGAGGAUUUCUUCACAACAUAUGAUGAAGUUUAUGAUAGUUUUGACUCUAUGGGUUUGCAAGAGAAUCUCCUGAGAGGCAUCUAUGCAUAUGGUUUCGAAAAGCCCUCAGCAAUUCAGCAGAGAGGAAUUGUUCCCUUCUGCAAGGGACUUGAUGUGAUUCAACAGGCUCAAUCUGGAACAGGGAAGACUGCUACUUUCUGUUCUGGUAUUCUCCAACAACUCGAUUAUGCCGUGGUGGAGUGCCAGGCUUUGGUUCUAGCACCCACUAGGGAGCUGGCACAGCAGAUUGAAAAGGUUAUGCGAGCACUUGGGGAUUAUCUUGGUGUCAAAGUGCAUGCUUGUGUUGGCGGUACCAGUGUUCGUGAAGAUCAACGUAUUCUAUCUAGUGGAGUACAUGUUGUCGUUGGCACUCCCGGUCGUGUGUUUGACAUGUUGCGAAGGCAGUCACUUCGUCCUGAUUAUAUCAAGAUGUUUGUCUUGGAUGAGGCAGAUGAAAUGCUUUCACGUGGUUUCAAGGAUCAGAUCUAUGAUAUUUUCCAGCUUCUUCCAGCAAAGAUUCAAGUUGGUGUAUUCUCUGCCACAAUGCCACCUGAGGCUCUAGAAAUCACGAGGAAAUUUAUGAACAAACCUGUUAGAAUUCUGGUGAAGCGUGAUGAACUUACCUUGGAGGGUAUAAAGCAGUUUUAUGUCAACGUGGAUAAGGAAGAAUGGAAGUUGGAGACACUCUGUGAUCUGUAUGAAACCUUAGCCAUCACUCAAAGUGUUAUUUUUGUCAACACUAGGCGCAAGGUUGAUUGGUUGACAGACAAGAUGAGGAGUCGAGACCACACAGUUUCUGCUACUCAUGGUGACAUGGACCAGAACACGAGAGAUAUUAUCAUGCGCGAAUUUCGAUCUGGGUCAUCUCGUGUUCUAAUCACCACUGAUCUUUUGGCCCGUGGUAUUGAUGUCCAGCAAGUCUCCCUUGUUAUAAAUUAUGAUCUCCCAACUCAGCCAGAGAACUAUCUCCAUCGUAUCGGACGUGGUGGACGGUUUGGGAGGAAGGGUGUUGCAAUUAAUUUUGUAACGAAGGAUGACGACAGGAUGCUGUUUGACAUCCAAAGGUUCUACAAUGUGGUGAUUGAGGAGCUGCCAUCAAAUGUUGCUGAUCUCCUCUAAAUGAGAUUUUGUCUUCUCAUUGUUAGUAGAGAGAAAGAGAGAGGGCAAUUCCCCCCCAUUUGUUGUGCUUUUCGUUUCUUUUUCUUUUUUUUUUUUUUUUUAUAUCUGUUUUUAAAGCUAUAAAGUCUUGUUUUGUAGGAUCUGGUAUCUUUAUUUACUGCUGACCAGUAAGUGAUACUUCAUUCCAAGAUUCAGCAAUGCUAUACAACGCAUUGAUGAUUUUUGUUGCAUUGUUUGUUUCUUUUAAUUAAGAUCCUUUAUCUACCUUGGGGUUUCU